CUCUUCUUGUGCAGCCCCGGCAGCCCUGCCUUCUUGGCUGGAGAGUAUAUUCAGGGAUUUCCCCUUAAUAAUCACCGACCCUGGGAGCACUUUUUAGUUUCCAAAAUAAAAAUAUGAUCCUCACCCCUCUUGUUUGACAGAGAAAGGCUCUCGCUGGAGCCCAGGGGGGUGCAGUAGCAGCUGCAGCCGAGCUUCCUAGUCCAUUGCCAGCGCCUCUCACUCUGAUCUGUCAGCCCAGCGGAGGGAAAAGGGGGGAAGGAGGAAAAAAAAAAAAGCAGCUGAAAGACAAUCUGCUUCAUCUUGAUUCUGCAGCAUUCCAAACUGUGGUAUCCUUGGGGUUCUCUUAACAUUGCUAUGGUGCAGAAGAUUUAAAAUCAGCUGAUGUUCACAAGGAACAGAGUCACGUGAUGUAUGAAGGGAAACAUAUACACUUCUCUGAGGUUGACAAUAAGCCCUUGUGCUCAUAUAGCCCCAAACUGUGCAAGCAGCGGCGACUCAACGGCUACGCUUUUUGUAUCAGACACGUUCUGGAGGACAAGACUGCCCCCUUCAAGCAAUGUGAAUAUGUGGCCAAGUAUAACAGCCAGCGCUGCACCAACCCCAUCCCUAAAUCAGAGGAUCGCAGGUACUGCAAUAGCCACUUGCAGGUACUUGGCUUUAUCCCGAAAAAAGAGAGGAAGAAAAAGAAUGAUCCUAUAGAUGAGGUGAAGGUCAGGCACCAGGUGGAUACCAUGGCCUUUAGCCUGGCAGUGCCCACGGUGGCCUUGAAGAUGCCUAAUGGACUGGACGGAAUGUCCCUCUCUCCACCUGGGGCAAGGGUUCCACUCCACUACCUGGAAACUGAAUUGGAAGACCCUUUUGCUUUCAACGAGGAAGACGACGACCUAAAGAAAGGGGCAACUGUGAAAAAGAAGUUGCAGAGCAAAUUGGCCCAGAAUCGGCAGCGCCAGAGAGAGACAGAGAUUUUAAAAGUUCGCCAAGAGCACUUUAGUCCCCCUCCUGCACCUUCACAGCCACAGACUCCGCAGCAGCACUCCCACCUGUCACCUUUAUCCACUUCUUUAAAACCUCCAGCGCCACCGCAGGGUUCAGUCUGCAAGUCACCUCAACCUCAGAACACCAGCCUACCAAUGCAGGGAGUGGCACCCACCACACACACUAUAGCACAAACAAAGCAGUUGUCUCAGAAGAGGCCUCUGCCCCACCUGCCAUCCAGUAGGGCUCCUGUCUCGGACCCACCCAGGACUGACCGGGUCCUUAUGAAAGCCACAGCCUUCUCUCCACACUUCUCUUGUAUAAGUCGACUGCAGAGACUGGUGAAACUGUGUACCCAAAAACAUCAGCUGGACACUGAUCUGUUUCCCCACUUAGGGUUGGACUGGUCUGAAGAGAGUGGAGAGGAACUGGAGGACUCAGAGCAGGCCUCACCAUACCAGGUUGCAUGGUCCAUCCGAGAAACCCUCAGAUAUGAAAGACACACGUCAGAUGAUGAUGAUGCGGAGAGUAGGAGCUCCAGGGUGACCCAGCUUUGCACUUACUUUCAGCAGAAAUACAAGCACCUCUGCCGCCUGGAGCGGGCAGAAUCUCGUCAAAAGAAAUGCCGCCAUACGUUUAGGAAAGCUUUGCUGCAGGCGGCCAGCAGAGAGCCAGAAUACGCCGGGCAGCUGAUGCAAGAGCUGAGAAGGGCUGCAGUCGGUCAAACCAGCAUAAGCCGGACCAAGCUGAGGGAGGCGGAUGCAGCACCAUGCAGUGGGACUGUGAAGGGUGGGCAGUGCACUAACAAAGCCCUUCCAUUCACCAGACAUUGUUUCCAGCAUAUCCUCUCGAACCGCUCUCAGCAACUUUUCUCAAGUUGCACAGCCAAGUUUGCAGAUGGACAGCAGUGCUCCGUGCCAGUGUUUGACAUCACACACCAGACACCUCUGUGUGAAGAACAUGCCAAAAAAAUGGAUAAUUUCUUGAGAGGAGAUAACUCCCGUAAGGUUCAGCACCAGCAGCAGAGGAAACCCAGGAAAAAAACCAAGCCUCCUGCACUUACCAAAAAACACAAGAAGAAGAGACGGCGUGGACCUCGUCGACCCCAAAAACCCAUUCCCCCUGCAGUCCCCCAAGGGAACCUCAGCAUGCCCACCAGCGUCUCACUGCCAGUGGAGACCUCUCAGAUCCGGAGCCCGUCCACGCCAGAGCUGAGUGCUGAUGAGUUGCCGGAUGACAUUGCCAAUGAGAUCACUGACAUUCCACAUGACUUGGAAUUGAACCAGGAGGACUUUUCAGAUGUCCUGCCACGGCUACCUGAUGACUUACAAGAUUUUGAUUUUUUUGAAGGAAAGAAUGGAGACCUCCUCCCGACUACCGAAGAGGCCGAGGAGCUUGAACGGGCCUUGCAGGCUGUAACUUCUCUCGAGUGCCUGAGUACCAUUGGGGUCCUUGCCCAGUCAGACGGUGUGCCAGUCCAGGAGUUGUCAGAUAGAGGAAUAGGGGUGUUCUCCACAGGUACUGGAGCUUCAGGAAUUCAGUCCUUGAGCCGAGAAGUAAAUACGGACUUAGGGGAGCUCUUAAAUGGGCGUAUAGUACAUGAUAAUUUUUCUAGUCUAGAGCUGGAUGAGAAUCUCCUCCGUUCUGCUACAUUGUCUAACCCACCUACACCCCUGGCAGGGCAGAUCCAGGGGCAGUUCUCCGCCCCAGCCAACGUUGGCCUUACUUCUGCCACUCUGAUCAGCCAGAGUGCACUUGGGGAGAGAGCCUUCCCAGGACAGUUUCAUGGACUUCAUGAUGGCAGCCAUGCCUCCCAGAGGCCACAUCCUGCCCAGCUGCUGAGCAAGGCAGAUGACCUAAUCACCUCACGACAGCAAUACAGCAGUGAUCAUUCACACUCCUCGCCCCAUGGAAGCCAUUAUGAUAGUGAGCACAUGCCGUCUCCCUACAGUGACCAUAUCACCUCUCCCCACACAACAUCUUACUCUGGUGAUAAUAUGGCAGCUACCUUUUCAGCAGACAUGCCCAUCAUGGCACAGCACUUGCUCCCAACCCAGCUCGAGGUGCCACUUGGAGGAGUGGUCAACCCCAGAACUCACUGGGGUAAUCUCCCUGUCAACCUUGGAGAUCCCUCUCCAUUUAGCAGCCUUCUCAGCGCAGAUGGACAUCUUCUUUCCACUUCCCUCUCCACACCACCCACCACUUCGAACUCAGAGACCACACAGCCUGCCUUCGCCACCGUGACCCCCAGCAGCUCCAGCGUGCUUCCGGGGUUACCGCAGACCAGCUUCAGUGGCAUGGGGCCUUCUGCUGAACUAAUGGCUUCCACCUCUCCCAAGCAGCAGCUCCCUCAGUUCAGCGCAGCCUUCGGCCACCAGCUGAGUUCUCACAGUGGCAUUCCUAAGGACCUGCAGCCCAGCCACAGCUCUAUAGCCCCUCCUACAGGCUUCUCGGUAACAGGUGCCACAGCUACAAGUACCAAUAAUGCGUCUCCUCCCUUCCCCUCCCCUAACUGAGUGUGUCUGUGUGUUUGCAGGCAAGUGGGGAGCCCGGUGUUCUCUAUUUUUGUUUCCUCCUUAGCACUCCUCUCCCCUUUUCCUAAAGAAGAUUUAAAAACUAAUAGAUGGGGAUUAGAGGGGCACCCCAUUCCCAGUCCAACAAGUGGCCCUGCAGUGGACCUUGCUCCAGUGUUCACAUGUGCUCCUCAGCACCGGUGCUCAUUCCCUCCUGGCAGGUCCACUCGGCUGCAGUGGUUUCCCUAGCAGUUCAGCACAGUGACUGGAUAGGAUGGAUUUUUAGUAGCAAGUCCUAGAAGUGGAAGAUACCUCAGAUUACCAGUGCCCUUUAUAUGUCCUAGUUUUCAGAUCAAUGCUUUCCAUUCUUUUGCCAGGUUUUUCAUAGGUGGUUCUAGAUAGAAUGCAUCCUAUUAACUGAGUUCCAGUGUAAGAGAUGGCAAAUGAUGUGUUGCAGGUCAAGGCUCUGAUUUAGCACCAACUGCUGAAUGUCACAGUAAGGUCAGGAUUUCAUUCCUAAUUGUGAUCAUGUUUAACUAAAAGAAAAAAAAAUUGUCUUUUGACUGCCUGUGAGUGUGCGUGUGCUCACAUGUGUGUUUUUGUGCAGUGCAGGAAGCAGCUGUCCCAUUGGUUUUUUAUUUUUUUCCUCCCCGUAAUGAGUGUAAGGCUCUUCUCUCCUUUUCUGCUUCUCACAAACCUAUUAAGAUUGGUCAUUCUUUUCCACUGAGUUAACUCAUUUCCUGGGUAGGGAAGGUGGUGGCCUGGUCCUGUGAAUAACACAACCUUUUUCUGCUAAAAGUUACCCCAAGAAGAAACAGAACAUGAAAAGCUGGAUUCACAUCAGUGAUGUGGGGAUGUCAAGAGAAGCUUACCUGGAUUGAUUGCAGGCUUGCCGAGGUUCAGGGCCUGACAAUCGCUUUGUCUCUUCAGACGUGUUUGUUUCUAAAUUCCUCUCUAAUGGAAUACAUUUAUUUGCAAGAUAUAAUUAAAGAAGGUAUUUUGAUGUGAAAAAGCAGGAUAGGUCAGAUAGAUUUGAAAAGAUGAGAUCUGUGGACUUGAUUCAUCUUUUGCUUUUGAAUUUUUCAUGUUUACAGCAGUGAUUCUUUGGUAAGAUUUGUAAAAUGUUGAAGACAUUUGUAGAAUCAGUGUACCAGUUGUGAAGUGCUAUGUAAUAUCUGAAAGAUAUACAUUUUAAAGUUUCUUUCAAAACAGAAUAUGGAAUUUAGAUAUCAAUUUUAUCCACCCUUUGGUACUUUUAAAAUAAUUUAAGUACUUAGAUUAAGUAAAUUUGGAAAUAGUUUUGGGAAUUUUUUUUAAAUGCCAAGAUUUUAAGGUUAAAAAUCAUGUUAGGUAGGUUAGUAAGUUGGUAAUUAUGAAGUGAAUAUGUGGGGUCUCUUCUUGCCUGCUUUUUUUUCCCCCAGAGAAGGGGUAGGACUAGAUUUUAAAGGCAUCUCUGCUCUGCUUUUGCUGAGAAGUUUCACUGUCCCUGGAGAUACCUACCAUUGGCAGUUUAUACCUGAGUUUAAUUUAAUUUACAUAUCUAUUUUAAAAGUUAAAUAGAAACAACAUAUCUAUUAAUGAUAUGGUUCAAUAAUUCAUUUGUCAGGGAAUAUUUGAUCGUAAUUCCUUUCUAAUAGGCAAAGAUUUGGAUGUAUUUUCCUACUUCCUGUAUGUAAUCUCUUUAGGCCAUGCUAGUUCUAACCAGUACCUUUUUGUAAAAGCUUUUCUUUCUCUGCUGUUUAAAGGAAUGAUGGUGAUCAGCAGGCAUUAUGCAGAUACCACGUGCCUGAGAUUGUAGAGGGGAAAUGUCACAUGACUGUAUGAAAUCAUUAUAUGCCCUAUUUUGUAUUUAUUGAAGUUUCUUUUUGUUGGCCAAAAAUAAUGUUUGUAAUAUAUUUAGUUUUUUUUUAAAUCAUGAUAAUUGAUUGGAAGAUUUAUUUUUAAUAGCUUUGUCUUUUUUGCAGAUUAAGAAAUUUCUAAAUUAUGUCACAAAGCAAAAUUAUAUUUGGUACCAUCAUAAAUUUCUAUUCUGAAUGGUGAGAAUAGAUAAUUUGAUUAUUUCUCACCUGUGAACCUAUGUUAGUAAGCUUUUUUAUGUUAAUGUACUGUAAUGAAAUGAUUAUGAGUAGUUACCUCUGCUCAAAAGUGUCAUUUAGUUUGCUAAAGUCUUUUCACAACCCGCUAUAAUUGUCGCUAGAUAACUGUCCAUUCCCAGCAAUUCAGUUUAGUCUCUGUUGUGUACUGAUUAGAGGUUGUAGGAGAGCGGCACAAUGAUUUCCUCAUCAGCCUUUAUUUGACAGCAAAGGGAAAGUCGUGGGUAGUCGAUCUGUGCUUUUUCUGGCUAUUUAUCCCUUAUGUUAGCUGCUUAAAAUUCUCCAGUUAUCAAAACUGAGAUUGCAGUAAGUUGCACAUUUUAUUGUUUGCAAUUUUCUGUUCUAUGUGCAUUUAAAAGCAGACCUUCUCUGCUUUCGAGUAAGGAGGCAUGAAAUGAUCAGGAAUGUUGCCAGUUACAGCUUCACACCAAAAACUUUGAGUUAAUACAUUUUUGUUUAGAUGCCCAUGAUGAUAGCCGAGGAAGGAGCACUCUUACAAAGUACCUGUGUAGGGUUGAAGAAUUAGCAAAACCAAACCUUUCCUCUCAUUUUGUUUACUUCAGAACAAAUGAACAAGCUUGCAGUUUGCUUUGCUCUUGCUGUUUCUUGUGAGUCCCUUUUUGGAAGAGAGAAGAACGUGUAUAAGUCCAGAGAUAAUCUGUUAUGUUUUUCUUCUAGCUAAUGGAGCAAUUCUAGUCUAUUAGUAGUAGGUUUGCUAUUGAUAUGUGAAGAAAGGAAUGAAGUGUCUUUUACUCCAAAAAUAUGAAAAUUGGUAUCUUUUAAAAUAGCACUUAUGCUAUAAUAAGGCAAUACUGGAAUCAAAAAUAGAUCUUACAAAAGGUCCUAAUUAGGUGGAAACUAGCUGUUAUUCUAGUGUUAAACUCAUGAGAAAUAGUGGCAAAGAAGGUUCACUCUGUUUCUGCAGUUCUUUGGGACCAUUUAUAAAGGCCAGUUAGAUUGUGUUACUGUGAUUUAAUUUAUGAGGUUGCUGCAGUUAAUGGAUACAUUCUGUGCUCUGAGAAUCUGAAUUCCAUUCAAUGUAUGAUACUCACUGGCAGUGAUCUGUAGCAUCUAAAGAAAAGAUGGGCUUUCUCUCCUUUACUUUCUCUACAUAAUUAUUAAUAUUGUUUUAAUAAAGUACUAAGACAUUGGUUUUUUUUUCUCUGUAAAAAUGGCUUAGCAAUUUGCACAUGUGGGUAGGUUAUGUAGUUAGUAAACAUUCAUGAUAGUAGCAAUUAUACUUAACCCACCAAGUGACAGACUAUGCAAUGGAAAAAUUUUUUAAUUAUCGUCGCAUAGCUUGUACAGCAAAGGAUUAUUUUCUCUAGUAACCUACUAUGUGUGAUAUAACUGCUUUAUAAAUGAUCUCCUGAGUGAUCUCAUGUUGGCAGGCAGUGUGGUGUGUCUAGUGUCUCUCUAUGAGAUUAUAACUUAAGAAGACACAAAUAGUAGGAAUGGAGAUCAAGUUGAAAAAUACGGUUGUUUUCUCCUUCAAAUUGGUAUUACUGUCUUUAGUGGCUUAAGGCUAAAGAAAGUUAAUACUUUAUUUUUGCCAAAUAAUUAUUUAUAAGAUUUAUUUUUUAACUAAGCUCAAUCUCUUUCAAAUGAAAGUUAAGAAUCUCCAUUUUCUGUGACUAACACUAGCUUUUCCUUAUCAGUUGUUCUCAGUCCACAAUCACGAUCCACAGUGGCAAAGACAAUUCUUCGAUUAGGAAGGAAACUAUGCUUGCGAUGUUUGCAGGUUCCCUGUCUAUACGGUUUUCUUCUUAUGUGAAAGAGUUUGUAUUUCUAUUGCCCCUGCAUCAUCCUGUCUUCAUAAAUCGGCAUUGGAAUUGGAGGACAUGUGGGUAAUACAUCAGUGCAGCCCUCCUGUGCCUUUGCACCACAGGGUUGGUGCUCGGGGUGGUUAGGCCUCAUCCACAGUUUGUGAGGCAACUGCCUUUGCUGAGUUAGUUGAAAAGGUGGUUUGGGCUUGGUAUUCCAAAAAGAUGAGGACAUUAACACUAAACUAAUUAAUAGGUCUGACAUCCAUUAAAAAUUAUUCUUGGGUCUCUAGUUUUCGUUUCUUCAUCUUCCUAUUUAGCCUUUUAAAAUUCUGUUAAAUUCUAUUAUUAAUCUGGUAUAUAUAAAAUAAUAUAUCAGUCUUCUAAAUGGUUAACAGAACUCUCCAGUUUAAUGAGGCAAUUUAGAGGAUUCCUUAAAAGAAAAUGUGGUCACACUGAAUAGUCUUCAUUUAUAUCUCUUUAUCACCAAUGUCUGCAUCAUUCCAAGAACUUUUUCCUGAUAAUAUGUCCUGGGUUAUAUAUUUUCAUAUAUAUAUUCUUUCAUGAACAGAUUUUCCCCUCCUCCCAAAGUAACAGUCUUCAUUGGCAUCCUACAGAAAAAGUAAGACAAUGUAAUUUUUUUUAAUUCUUGUUUUUUCAUUUUUUGUUUCUUUUUACUUGCUUUUUUGUUGUUGUUGUUGUUGUUUUUUAGACAGGAGUCUCACUUUGUCACCGUGGGUAGAGUGCUGUGGCAUCACAGUUCACAGCAACCUCAAAACUCUUGGGCUCAAACUAUUCUCUUGCCUCAGCCUCUAGAGAACCUGGAACUACAGGUGACUGCCACAAAGCCUGGCUGUUUUUAGAGGUGGGGUCUCCCUCAUACUCAGGCUGGUCUCCAACUCCUGAGCUCGAGCAAUCCACCAGCUGUGGCCUCCCAGGGUGCUAGGAUUACAGACGAGAGCCAUCAUACUUGGCCUUUUUAUUUUUUUGAGACAUAGUCUCUGUUGCCCAGGCUAGAGUGCCGUGUCAUCAGCCUAGUUCAUCACAGCGUCAAACUCUCCUGGGUUCAAGCAAUCUUCCUGCCUCAGCCUCCUGAGUAGCUGGGACUACAGGAACCCACCUCAAUGCCCGACUACUUUUUCUAUUUUUAGUAGAGACAGGGUCUUCCUCUUGUCCAGGCUGGUCUCAAAUUCCUGAGCUCAAGCAGCCCCUGCCUUGGCCUUCCAAAGUGUUAAGAUGACAGGUGUGAACCACUAUACCCAGCCCAAUUUAACCGUUUCUUAACAUCUUGAUCUUUAUAAGCUUUCUUAUUGUUCUGGAAGGAGCCAAAAUCAUGUUAGGAGAUUAAAAUAGCUACUAAAUAUUGUCUUUCAGAAAAACAAUUGUAAUAAAAUACCAGUGAAGAAACAUAUUUGGAUAUUUGUUAAACAUUUUCCCCUGACCAGUAAGUUAGGAAAGAAAACAUAAAUGAAUAAUUAUGUCUCUUCUAAUAAGCAGCGUCAUUCAUGCUACAGUUGUAGGCCAGCGUUAGAGAGCCUUAUUUCUAAAUGGCAGAAAUUCUUUCUCCUCUCCAGCUCGUGUGUUUUGUUAGCUUCCCUCUGUCUGCACUGGGGCGCAGAGCUAAUACAAGGAAACGCGGCAUUGCAGAGAGAGGAAGAGCAAAUUUGGUGUAACUUUCUUUACCCAGUGUUCUUGGAUAUUGGAAUUUUGGGCUAGCGUGAAAAGCAGAGUUUUGGUGACCUAAAGUUGAGUCUAAUAAAUGAUUUUAUGAGAGGAAAAUCUGUUUAACUCUCAGCUCUGUAGGGCAGCUUUUCUUCCUCUCUGCCACCUGCUUGCCUCUGCCCACCCCAGUGCUGAAGCAUGCACAUGUACGCACGUGAUCUGUACUGACCCUGGCUGGAGAGUAAUAGAAUCCUCUUCUUUCACUUUUUUGUUUGUUUGUUUGUUCGUUUUGUUUUAAGCUGGGGACCACUGAAGUAAACUCUAUAUGUACCCAAAGUUCCCUUGGAAAAAUUUUCAACAUGCAGUGCAGAAGGCUCCAAUGCAGCUAAAUGCCACACCAUUGCGUUUACUUGGGGAAUAGACUGAUUUGCCCUGAAAUGACUCCAGCCUGCAUCGUUAAGGUACAGUUGGCUUCAACGGAUAUUAGUGCUGAAAUGAUGGGAAGUUUGACACUUGCUGAUAUUGUCUUCAUCUGUUUGGAAGGGUUGAAUCUGUUCCUCUCAACAGUGAUAGUUCUUUUUCACUGUAUAGUAUUGAGUAUGUCUCAGGGAUUCCUUGUGGAAAUUAGGGCAGUUUUUAAAAUAAGAAAAUAGUUUUCAAAGCAACUCAAGGUGACUCAUCAUUGAAGAGAGCUCAAGAAAGAAAACAUUCAGUUCUGUAGCCCGCAGUGUCUUGCAUAGGACUCUUCCCUUUCUCCUGCAGGCUCUCAUCUCAGCUUCAGCAAACAACCCUUUCCCAUCACGCACAGCUUUAAAACUUUUAUUUAAAAAUUUCCUUCCCCAAUGAGCUUUCAGAAACUUAUUGUAGAUUUUAAGAGAAAAGGUAUAUUAAUUUAUGCUAUUAACAUCACCUCAUAAAUUAUAAGUUUUAUACUAAAGCUGUAUUGAGUGUAAUGAAUUAUGUUGCCUAUGUGUUUAAUAGCUAAAUAAUUAUAUAUGAGCGCUUUUUUUUUGUGACAAAACAAACUAGUGAAGCACCUUUUUACACUGGAUCUCUGCCGUGUCAAGGUGUAUAGCUAUCCUUUGCUACCUUGCAGAUAUAUAAAAUAAAAAGGUAUCCUGGGGCGUCAAAAUGUAGAACACCUUUAGACCAUUUAUUACUGCUCGUAGAACUGUUGAGAAUCAAGUUCUUCAGUAAAUGAUCUGUGGUUUACACUUAAGAUGGCUAGAAGCUUAGUUACAGGGUAAAUAGAAAUACAUAGAUCAAGUAAACUCCAACUACUGUAGCUGGAAUUUGUAAACUAAGUUUUUAAGACCUCUUUUAUUUCCUAUGGAUUUAUUCUUUAAUUUACAGUUUAUUCUGUAAGUUGGGAAGUAAAAUAGAGAAAAUAAUAAAUCUAGAUGUUCUCAGUGUCUUAUUCAGGAACUUUUUAAUCCCUCCUCACUAAGGAAUUCCCACUGUGACUUAAAAAAAUAGAAUUAAAUUACUUGUGUGCAUGUAUUUGUCUGUAUUUUUACACACAUGCAAAAAUAUACAUUGGGGGCACGUGUGUGAGAGAUACGAAUGUGUGCUUAUGUAAAAAUAGAGAAAGGUAACCGAAUGUAUUGUAGAAAUAUCAUUUAUUUAGCUGAGGGUAUUGGAGUUACUUUCUCAUUGUCUCUGUUGUGUAAAAUACACCAAAUUCUUCGUUAUAUUAUGUUAAAAGGCUAGUUCUGAUAUCAUGUACAUUUUAUAUUAACCUUUCAAUUAAUUUAUAUUAUGCUAUUUUUUUAAAUUACAUGAGAAACAGUAGGCUCUUAGACGAGCCUGUCCCUUUUGAGCAUAAAUAUAAGAGAUGUAGACCCAACUGGAGCUGUGUUGAUUGUGGUGAUGGGACCAGAGCGCUGUUGAACCUUUUUAAUGUUAAUGAUAGAUUUCUUAAUAUUUUGAAUAAGAAAAUAUCGUUGAUCAUCUUCUGGUGAAGUUAAGAAAAUUAUAGGCCUUUUAUAAAAAACUUUUUGAAGGGGCUGCUUUGUUGAAGGAGUUGGUAAGAUCAUUUCACCGUGCAUAUUUCAAAGCUGGAGUGUUUUCAAUUAUUUACACAUUUUUUUAAAAAUUGCUCAGUUGUGCUAUUAUUUAUGAAGUUAGAGUGCUCCUGGCCCCAUAUUUUGGAUGUAGGAAAAAUCAUCCUACCAUUGACUUUUACCUGAUUUGUAUGGAAUUAAAAAAAAAAUUCAUUCUUUAUAUAUUAAGUUGUCAUUUUGCUAUAUGUUCAUUUCUGGAAUAUCUGGUGGUCUCACAUAGUCAAAACUAGAGUUGUUAUUAAGUGCUCCAAUUACAUUUAUUUUUAAUAUAAAAUAAUCAUGUACUUUGAAAUAUGUCAGAACAACUUCUGAUAAUAUACCUGAAUUUGUAGUUGUCUUUGAAGCCUCAUUUACUUCAUCUUACAUAUAGUGAAAACCUCAGAAAGCUUUAUAUCUUGUUCUUUUUUAGUUGUAUUUUUUGCAGCAUCUCCCAGUUUCAUUCACUUUUGCUUUUGGAUUAAAAAUAAAUUUGCAUAUUUCUUGUACAUAUGCAUGCAAAUGAAAGAAGGGAGUUUGUAUUGGUGCCAUUUCUCCCUUCAGUUGAUGGUUAAUGGGAUUUGCUAGAAUAAAUUCCCCCCUGAUUGAAGGGUGAAAACAGACCCUUUUGUGUAUAUCUGUACAGAGAUCUGUAUAUGGGAUGUGGUGGCACUUUGCUGAAUGUGAACUUGCCUUGUCAAUGGAAAGAUUGAAAAGUAUUAUGUUUAUUUAUACAUUUGUAUAAAUCUAUAUAUACACGUAUGUAUAUGUGUGUGUAUAGAUAAAGCUAUAUACAUUUAUUUCCCUAAAAAAUGUGUGUGUAUAAUAGGUAAACAGCCUUUGUUAAGCAAGAUUGUCUAUGGAAAAUUCUGGAUUAUUCUGUAAACCCAGAGGAGGUGACAGUCUAGUGUACAUGAUCAGAGCAUAGUACAGUGGACGUCCUUUGAUUAUAGUUUUGUUCAUGGUUGUACCUGUCUGAACUGUUCCUACUUGCCAGUUCCACCGUCUUCCAUCUUCACAGCUUCUACUAGUCAAUCUCAUCAUUUAAAAAACAAAAAAGACCUGCACAUUAGUGUGUUUUUUUUCCCCCUUAUGUCCUUUCUAGCCAGAAAUACUUGGCUUAAGGAUAUUUCAUUAACUUCUCUGUUGUUUCUCUUAAAUAUCUGUAUCUCUGAAAUUUUCCCAGAAGAUAAAAGUUUUGGUAGUAUUUUCUAAAAUAAUCUUGAGAUCUGGGCAUUAAUUUUUGUCUCAAAAACAAACAAAAAUCCAACUUUCAAAUAAAACUGCUUUAAAAGUUUUUUACCUUAAUAACUUGGAGAUAUUUUACUUAAAUUGAAAAAGAGCGUAAUUUUUUUUCCUGACACACCCCCCCAACCAGGUGAUGGUGAUAAUUAUGGUUUUAUGAUUGAUACUGUGUUAGGUUUACUUGUGUAUUUAUUGUCAUUAAUUUGUCAUUUAAACAUUUUGGGUUGCUUUGUGGUUCAAUCAAAAAUUUACUAUUUACAUUUUAAUGGAAAUCAUACAAAGUCACAUGCAAGCCUCUUGAAUUCUGUAACUAACUCAUUUUACUCAUGAAGAAACCGCUUUGAUGAAUUCUUAUGUGAUGAAUUCUGCUAUAUUUCCUUUUGACUUCCACAGUUGUGACAUUCUGUUUUACCUUUGCUGCAACUCUCUAGAAAACUUGCAUUCCUAUAUAUUGUGCCUUUAAAACUCUUAUGCACACACAGACAAAAGUGUAUAUAUACAUGUUGGAGCAUGUGUACAUAUACUCCGUAUGUACUCGCACAGUAUGUCUCUGGUAUAUAUUGUGGGAGUAGAUAUAUAGAUAUUCAAAGGCAAUGAGAUAUUGCUCUCUAGAUAUAUAUGUAUAUAAACACUGUUGAUAGAGCUGUAUAUACACAUGUAUAUGUAUGAGUUUUAAAUGGCAAUCUUUUACAUUUAGCAAAAUGCUGCCCCUACUGGAAUAUUGCCACUGCAAUGGCAGUUGUAAGUAAGGAUUUAAAAUACGUUAUCAAAAGUUAUUUAAAGAACAUUUAAAAGUCUCAUCUAAAGACAUCCACAAGUUAUUUAUUACCUUUUUCUUUUAUUGCUGUUUUUUUUAACUGAUAGGAUGACUGUCAUUUUAAAAUGCCAUCUGUCCCGUGAGGGUAAGAAAAAGCUGGAGACCCACUUGAGGAACUGUAUGCAUUUUUCCUUCUGAAAUAGAGAUAUACUGUAAACCAGCCUGUUCGUUUCAGUUAUAAAGGGAUCCUAAUAUUUCCAUUAGGAUUUGUCAUCCACCGUCUCCUAGAUCAACAUAAUUCACCAACUUGCCUCUUCCUUUCAUUAAUAAAUAAUGAUCAUUGAGAUCAUUUUGCCUGGGGGAAGUUAACCACUCUCUUGCUGCAGGGAAGUAUCACCUAAUUGUUAUUCUGCCUUGUUGGAAAUUCAACUUUAAAGAAGGCAGCUCUCUCAUGAAGUUGUCUUAAGCAUGUUUUGGAUUUAUUUAAAGAUCUUCCCAGACUUUUUUUUUUUUAAAGAACUCUAAGUUGCAUGUAUUUGACAUACAUUUAAUUCUUAUUCCCCAAAGCUUCAGGUAUUUUUCAUUAGUAUAUAAUAACUUUCACACACUGAAUGCAAGAUCAUUAUGGAAAAAAUUGUUAUAUUUUGUGAUGAGUUUCAGCAGAUUACAUCUCUCAAAAAUCUGCAGAGAGAGAAAGGUUGAUGGACAAUCCUGAAUAGUUAAAAUGUCACUAAAAACUGGAGUCAGAGCACCCUGAAGACUGAGAGAGGUUGGGGUUUGAAUGAUUUUGCGUAACAGCUUAGCUGGAACUUGAUAUCAGAAGCAGCCUUUAACAAAAACCUCUUGGCAAUUGUAUGUUACUAACGACUGGAGUACUGAAGUGUAAGUUGAAUCAAAGUUGCAGUGGGAAAUCAAAGGUGAGGUAGCUUAUUUGAAACCCAUAAGUGACAGGUUGGACAGUUUAAAAAUCCCUUCUAACAAAGUAACUGCACGGUAGCAAGGACUAGCAGUUCUCAAAGCCCUUCUUUUUCAGUGUUCUCAUUCACCUUGGCACACAAGUAUGUUUAACAGGCCAUACAUAAAAAAUAUUUACAAAAAGGAAGAGCUGCUUAAAGGGAACUUACAAACUGAGAAUCUCUCCUCUGUAUUUGUGUUAAUCGUGGCUGCAGGCUUAGUUGUAUGCACAAAAGCUAGGAGCCACUUGUGUCUGCACAGACCGUAGGAGCAAGACGAGGAGAUGUAAGGCUUUGAUAAGAGCCCCCCUUAGGACAAAAAGGCCCGUCUGUGGCCUUGUUGCUGGGGGAGACCACAUUCUGGGAGGUGAUGGACUGUUGGUUUGUAAUUUCCCUUUAAACAAGAAGAGAUGGUUCACAUUUUCCAUAUAUCUCUCAAUGAAUGUACUGUAUUACUGUUUUAAAAAUUUGAUGAAAUAAUAAUGAAAUGGUCUCCUUUUGUUAUCUGGUUCUUGUUUAAUUUGUUUAAGGGUUUUUGUAUACAAAAGUUUACAUUUUUAUGUAUAUUUUUCUUGUGUAAAAACUGAUGUAAUAUGUGUAUAAAACUGUAUGUAUUAUCUGUAUAUAGUGUGACAAAAUGAUUUUCCUUUCUUUUGGAUGUAUUAAUAAAUCUUGCUGUGAAGUA